AUGUCUCUGUACAAGACAGAAAAAGGUCGGCCGCGAGGAUACAGAGCAAGUGGGACCGCCACAACAGCGAGCACCUUUUAUCAGAGAGGCAAUUGUGUUGAAAUUUUCAAUAAUCAAGGAAAUCAAAGUAAAAUUACACGCAGAAUUUCAUUGGUGCAAGAAUGGCAGAAAAAUUUGCAAAAUUCUCACGCGGCUGCUAAAAACGAAAAGCUAGCCCUGGCCGAAGUGAAAAAGUAUCUCGAGACGUACGUGAAUGAGGCUCUCUUGCCACCUUUGGAUGUGGUUGCUCAGUGUCUCUACCUGAGAGACCAAAGACACCCAACUGAGCUGACAAUGGACCCUGUCACUUCUCAACUAAAAGAGGAAUUGCGAGUUUUUGAGUUGCAUAAAUCGAAAUUGUCCAACUUGAACGCCGAGGCUUGGGACAUGAUUGGGCAGAUUAGUGACCUAAUCGACGCUCUCCAGUUUAACAUUUCUGAGCAGACAGCAGCCCUGGACGUGGACGUCAGCAUGCUUAGCCUGAGUAUCGAUUCUCCUGGCCUAGCUCUGAGACCUGAACCUCAAAGGGUGCCUCCAAAGAGCUCCGUGCCAGACAGUUGGUUGAAUCACUGCUACGAUCUGGUUGAAUGGCAGAAAAAGGAGUGUACUCAGUCGAGGACAUUGCGAGAGAAAAUCUUGCGGGCGGUGGAAGAAGCGAGGAAUGAAAAUUGGGCUCAACAGGACGAGACGUGCACCUGCUUUCGAGGACGCAUCCACGAGCAAAAAAUUUCAAUCGACAGACUUAAAAGGCAGCGGGAUAUUAUUUUGGAAGAAAUGGAGAAAGUCAAUCAGGAAAUCAAGCAGCUAGAACUGGCCGAUCAAUCCCUGGACCUGCCGAGGGCUCUCUGCGAAACGAGACACGAAGGUAGAACGGCUCGACCUGCCGGACCUCAAAGGUGUCAGGACGACCCGCAAGACGAACUGGCCGUUGAAAGUGCCACGCUGGCCGAAUCUCAGCAAAAACUGCAGCAAAAAACCGCCCAUGCAAAGGCUGCUUAUGAGGCUCUCAGAACGCAACUGGCCAAAGUCGAAUAUGACAUGGAGGACAAAAACGCUGCCCUGGCUCUAGAAAUGAGAUGCUUGGCAAGUAGAGAACAGCUGAGGGGUGGCGAAGACCAAAUUACUCAGUCACACUCCUCUCGGUUGUAAAAAAUUCAAAAGGAAGGACAUGCUCAACAAAAUUCUAGAUUAACUUGUAACUUAACGCUCACUUUAAUUACUUGUAAUUGUUAUUUGUACGCACAUUCAAAUAUAGGAAAAAUAAACAGCGUCGUCAUGUGUAUCAUUAAUCUUUUGAUGACUUGGAAUUAUAAUAGUAGCAUUAAUUGGCCUUGGCAAUGAUGGCGUGAACAACAGUCUUGUCCCAACAAAAUGAGCAUGCCCAACGCGUUAGUGGUGAUAUACUUAUUGUCUGGCGCAACCUUUGGUCCAGUCAGAGGGUGGCCAGGAUUCGAGUGAUACCGAUGCCGGCGGCCAGCGCCGUCUGGCCCAUUCCCCACAUAAGCGCGUGCCACUCAAUCAUGGUGAACUUUGCAGCCACAUAGAUGAAUGCAAUGACAGCAGAGUUGACUGCUCCAGAUGUCAGUGGGGUGGCUAUGCCCAUCAGCAACAGCAAGAGUGGAAAAAAUCUGAAAUUUAAAUCAAUUAUUUAAUUUUUUGACAUAUAAAUUUGAUAUCUUUUUUUUAGAGUGGAAUAAUUUUACUUAAAAAAGUAGGAUUUUGGAUAUUUUUCUUUCCAA